AUGACCAGAACGGUGAAGUGUGCCCCACCAACAUUUAACCCACCAUUUGCCCACGUUCGCGACUCUGGAUCCCUAUCCCAUUACAUCCUCAUCUUCAUCAUCAACUUUGUUUCAAACGAGACUCUCGCAGUCAUAUCAGUCAAGAUGGAUAUGCCCGUUAAUGUCCCGAUCGACAACCCAAAUGCCGACACUGAAUGGAACGAUAUUCUCCGUAAACAUGGCAUUAUCCCCGAACGACCUCCUUCCCCAACCGCCAAGAUCCAGGAAGCUCUGAUCGAAGCCUCCCGUCUUGCUCACGAAAACCGUCUGGAAGGCAAAGACCUCGACGAACUCGACGAGCUCGAAGACGAUGAAGAUGAAGCUUUCCUAGAGAGUUACCGUCAGAAGCGGUUACAGGAGUUAUCUACCCUCGGAAAGAAUUCACCACACGGGAAUGUAUACCCGUUACAAAAGCCAGACUACGCGAAGGAUGUGACGGAAUCUUCGAAUCAGUACUUUGUGUUUGUGCAUUUGUCGUCGGCGUCGUAUGCGAAUACGGAAUCCAAGCUUUUGUCGGAGAUAUGGCGGGAGGCAGCGCGAAAGUUCCCGGAUGUGAAGUUUUGUGAGAUGAGGGCGGAUAUGGCCAUUGAAGGGUACCCGGAAAGGAAUUGUCCCACAAUAUUGGUUUAUAAGGAUACAGAGAUCAAGAAGCAAGUUGUGACUUUGAAGUCCCUCGGUGGGGUUAAGUGCGGAAUGAUGGACAUCGAGAAGUUAUUAGUCGACGUUGGAGCUAUCAAGCUAGGAGACUUUAGAUUGCAGAGGAAAGAAGAACCAGAAGAGAGGCAGAAGUCUAUAAAGAGCUCUGCCAUUAGGAAAGCGGAUGAUGACGAUGACGAUUGGGAUUAG